UUGAUGAAUUGAGGAUUGGUGUGGAUCGUGUGUGUACUAAGUAAACAAAUCUAGAAUUGAACCAACGAUCAAUUGCAUGUCGGCCGUAAGACCGAACCUUCUAUGCGAGUUCCCGAUAUCCUUUUUGUGUUUUCUGAUGUUUGCGGGCUCUGGACAACAACAACAAAACAGGUGUAAAAUUAAGUGCGGGUGUGCCCUUUCUAGAAUUACUUUUGUUAGAAAGGUUUUGAUAGCGCUUUGCAUUUUAUUACGGCAAAGCUCAUCGAAAUCGUAGUCAGUAAAAUUCGUGCAUCUCGACCCGAGUCAGGUGUCCACUUCUAUCGCAAUAACUAUCUUAAAAGUGUUGGAAAAGCGUUCGCCGGGGUUUCAUUGUAUCGGUGUACUGCUGGCGUACAAAUUCCUGGCAAGUUGCAAUUUUCUGACAAACGUUGUCUAUAAGCUUGUUCUAUGUGCAUUAAGUUCGAGAGGUUGCUCUUUGUACGGUUAUCGACCUUUCCUAGAGCUUAUUUACGCUCGAAAGCCAAGAGACGUUGCGGAGAGUUUGAGGGUCUGUUCGCUCUCUGAAAAGCCACUCACCUUUAAGGUAAAGCAUGUCACUGUUAAUUGGGGUGGAGUUGCUCCUUAAAGAUGAACUUCUUACCGAGACUGGCCGCUGCAAUAAGCUCGCGCAACAUCUAACUGAAUUGACUAAGAAGGUUGUUUCUUCACAACAACGCAUAGACUCAAACGGUUUUGAUGUCGUUGUCCAGCUCGUCACUUAUCUUGAAGAAAAUCCAAAUCGAAGCGUUUUGAACGAGUUGCUUGCUCUCCUGCGGAAUCUAGCUGCCACUUCACGACGAUCCCGCGCUACAUUAAUUAAGAGUCCACUUAAUGAAGCUCUGAUUCAAAAGGUCGUAGUGGAAAAUUUUGCUGGAUCAGAGGCGUCGCUAAUGUCAUGCAGGAGAUUGUUGCAAUAUCUCGGUAACUUAGUUGGUGAUGUAGACGACAAUCUAGUCAUCUGGGAAGCUCUUCUGGCUCGUGAGAAGAUCUUCAAGAAAAUGUUGGGUUGUGAUGACCAAAAAACAUCAUUGUACUCGGCCUUCACUCUAAUUAACCUCGUUCGCGGAGAGAAUCUUCCGCGUUUGCUGAAUCUACCUGAUCUGGUAGAGUUGCUGGAGCUCCUGAUUUCAACGGUUCUGCGACACGAAAAUGAAUGGUCUUUAUUAAUUCUUGAGAACGUCAUUACGUCGGACCGGUUUGCAGCCACUUUUGAGCCGUUAUCUAUGAGCUCGAAGCAGUUCCUGCUCGACCUUAUGUGCGAAAAGGCGUCACAUUCCGAUUCAAGUGCCUUCCAUGUGCCAAAAGAGUUUGUCAAGCUCUUCGUCCGACACGUCAAAACUCAUCUGGAUCGAAUACGCAUUGAGUGCGCAUACAAAGAUUUAGUUGGAGGCGUGUUGCUGCUCAAAAUGAUCACGAUAUUGGCUCAUGUAUCGCUCGAUCAUAAACAUGCGCUUGGCCAUGAUAUUGAGCUCCUAGUGAUGUGCAUUGAGUGCUUAAAGGCGCUGCACGCAGCUGGUAAGAAAGGCAAAGAAGGAUGCGAUACCAGAAGCGACUUUGACGCACUCGUUGGCAAUAAGGCUGAGAUCUAUGAGCAUCCUCUAUUCAGUCUAAAGCGAGACCUCGUGAGACUAAUUGGAAACAUGAGCCACAAGAAUAAACUUAACCAGGAUACUGUCAGGGAGCUCCAAGGCCUAGAACUUCUCUGUGACUUGUCACCCUUGGAUGCACGAAAUCCCGGCAUAACGCAAUGGGUCAUACUGGCUCUGAGGAACCUCCUGGAAAAUAACUCAGAAAAUCAAAAAGUCAUUGCCGCGCUAACACAAAUAAGCGUACCAAAAGAUUCACCUGUUCUCAAGGAACUUGGACUUCAAUUUACGUAGAUGAAUACAGCGACAGCACUGGACCAAUAUUAUUCCAUUUCUAUUAAAAGUAGCAAGUUCCUUAGUUUCCAAUAGCUGUUUAUACAUCAAUUCAUUUUACUCAUUAUUCUUCUAGUUCAAGUUGACUGCAACUUGCUUAAAGUUGUUUUUAUGGAUUAAAAUAAAGGCUAUUUAAAUACUCUAGUUUAAGCUAGAUAAACACUGAAGUGUGAAAAACGGGUGGACCCAUUUAAUGCGUUGUUCAUCUAAUUUGGACGGCUCGUAUUUUGUAGCUGCGGCAUCGUGGAUCGCUAUGCUUAAACUAAGUUAAAUUACUUUUUCUUUCGUGAGUUCAUUUGUGACCUACUGCGCUUUUUUUUCUCUUGCAAGAAAAACCUAAACUUUAUCUAGAAAGAAAGGGAUAAAUGUAUUAAGAGAUGGCAUCGUGUCAGCCCUUCACUUGCUAAAGCAUUAUUUCUCACACUACUUUCCGCACCAAAUUUGCAGAAAAUAUCCAAGUAAAAAUAAAAGACCACCGAUCUCGCACUGUUCACGUAUGUUCGCUUAAUAUUUUUUGUUCCAUUUAUUUGUUUCAGUGAAAAUGUAGGAAAACAGUUUAAAUUUCAUUAUUACUAUUUCCGCCAUUUUUCUAUCAUCGCUAACAGGAUCGACGAUCGCUGUUAAUUAAGCUCAGCAACGGCGAAUAUUCAUUAUGUGAAUAGGGGACCAUUAGGGACAUCUAGUUAUUACUGAUUCAUAUUCAGAGGCGUAGCACGUGCCUGAUCAGAGCCGUAAUCCUUGUGUAAUGUUCUAUAAUAAAGUAUAUUCCGUACGUGUCGAGCCUGCCAGCAUCUGAAAGCAAGGGCAAAUAAAGGGAAGAAUAUAUUCACAUGCACCUA